CUUUGAACAAUGAAAAUUGUUAACGAAUUUUUUUAUACAUUACAUAGUAAACUAAGUCUUCCAGCAUCCCACGGAAAGUGAUGCUGUUUGGUCCAAUAUAUUAGUCGGCUAUCCGGACGUUCGUUUUACGAAACGUUGUUCAUUAUUCGAAUAAAGAAUCAGGAGAGUCCAUAAGCGCUUGAAAACCAGUUGUUCAUUCUGCGCAUCAUCGCCCUCAUUGGUCACUUCCGCCACUUCCCAACGCAUGCAUAAUAUUGCAUAUAAGCCAUGUGCUCUGGUAUGUUAUAGUUUACAGUGCAAACUGCAAGUCCCAAAUUGGGAUUGGGACUCCCAAUAAACGCAAUAAACCAGUAAACCACUGGAGCACUGUGAUAGAGCGUCCUAACCUAACCAUCGUAACGGGUGUUUGAAGUGAGAGCGUCGAGAGUACGUAAUUAAGCAAAAGCUCUUUGAAAGACUUUUGUACUUAUUAUGCAGUCUACUAUACAUUUGAAAAUGGAGGAUGAUUCUGAACCAUGUACUGUGCCUCCACCCAAAAAGAAUCCAUCAGGGAAGUUCGUUGAAUCUUCUCAAAAGAUGAAGAUUAUAAAUUUAUAUAAAGAUAUAAAGACCCGAAAUCCGGGCAUAAAGUACAAGCCCAUGCUACAGGUGCUAUCUCAACAAACGGGAAUUGGCCGGCUGACAAUUUCAAAAACAAUCGCAGAAUACAAAUCGACAGGCGCCGUAACAUCGCCAAACAAGAAGAGGCCACGCCUCAACAUUUUUGAGAAAAUGUCUGAGGCAGACAUAUGUGCUAUUCGGAAGACGAUACAUGAAUUUUGGUUUCGUAGGGAGAUCCCGAAUACGAGGAAAAUUUUGGAAGCCGUAAACAAUAACGCAGAUCUUCCUACGUUCAGCGAAUCGUCGUUAUAUAGAUUAUUAAAGCGCAUGGACUUUAAAUUUAUAACUUGUGCGCGUAAUAGCGCUUUGAUAGAAAAAGAUCAUGUUGUUGCUUGGCGUCAGAACUAUAUUCAGCAAAUUCAAGCCUACCGAGCACAGGGGCGUCCUAUAUAUUACGUUGGUGAAACGUUAUUUAUACCGAUUUUCCCAUCUCUUACAAAAGUUGAGAACGGGAUUGGUGAAACGUUCGUGAAAGUCGAAGACUGCGGAGAGAAAAUUUUGUUUGACACGAUCUUUACCUGUCCAAGAAAUGUCACAGAAAGGCGGCUGUCGACAGGGGUAACUGAGCCCUCUGAUAAGGGAAAACAUCUAAUAAUAGGACACGUCGUAUCAUCAGACGGGUUUGUACCUGGAACCCUCCUCUGCUUUGAGGCGAAGAAAAAUUCUCUCGAUUACCGCAACGAGAUGAACGGCGACAUAUUUUUCGAUUGGUUUCGCAGUUUUUUGCCCAUGUUACAAGACGGGGCAAUUAUUGUAAUAGAUAACGCUGCACAUCAUAGCGUCAAAAUCGAAAAAUAUCCAACCUUGAGUUGGACAAAAAAUGAUAUUAUCACGUGGCUGGUGGGUAAGGGGGAAAAGGUGAAUCCUCACUAUGUAAAAGCACAAUUGAUUGGGCUAACUGGAAAGCAUAAGCGUCCAGAAAACAAUUAUGUAAUUGAUGAGUAUGCAAAACAACAUGGUCAUAUUGUGCUACGCCUUCCCCCUUAUCACAGUGAACUCAACCCCCUCGAGUUAGCAUGGACAAAACUUAAAGAUUAUAUUACAGCGCGGAACAUAACAUAUAAGUUGGCUGAUAUCCAGCAAUUAGUCAAUGAAGCUAUCGAAAAUGUGUCCACCGAAUCGUGGCAAAAUUUAAUUUGUCACAUAAUAGACGAGGAAACCAAGUUGUGUCAACUCGACCACAUUACUGACGAUAUUUUGGACAACAGUGGUGAUUGGUUGGAUCAGUCUGAUGAUUCCGACGCGAGUAACACAGAAAACUUGUAAAUAUGCCCAAGUUUUUGUAAAUAUUGUAUUCAUAGUGUAAAUAAUCAUGUAAAUCACGUAAUAAUAUUAGGUAAACAUUGUAAAUUUCUGUAAAUUUGUUGUAAACAUUAUUUAAUUUAAUGUACACAACCAUGUAUUUUCUUUGAGACGUGAGAAGACUUAGCUUAUUACAAAAUUUUUUACACAUUAUAUAAACUAAGUCUUCUAGCAUGCCAUACAAAAUUAUGUUACUUGUGUUAAUGUUAGAAAACAUUUGUAUUACGUCCGUUUUAAAAGGUAUGCAAACACCUUUUUGUAACCAAUCAGUAUUCUGUAAUUUUGUACUACUUGAGUUCAAGUACUUCAGGCAACCUUAUGGUUCUACUGCAAUUAUUGAGAUUGAAAUAAAACAGUGGCGAAAUGAGAAA